AUGGAGAACGAAGAACCAGUGCUGUCUGCACCGGACGUGCAGGUCGUGGACCCGGAUGUCCGCGCCCAUGUCUAUAGUCUCGUCACUGCCUUGGGUGGUUUCAAUGGCGAAGAUGCAGACAAGUAUGUGCUGGGAGACGACGCCCUGGCCUGUCUUCGGGAUAUCAAGCGAUGGCUGAAGCUAUACGAUGAGAAACACAACCGGAUGGAUGUGGCACGGUGCCUGGGAGAGGCCAAUCUUGUCAACGGGGAUUUGUUACCCAUCCUGGCGGUCUGGGCAAACAGCAAGAAGCAAACCAAGUAUAUGUCUAGGAUCGCAUUGGCAUGCUUAGAGCUGCUUGUCCCCUUGACAUGGCCGGUAGAACUACACGGGGAAUUGACAAUCAACCAUCAUCGGCAUAUACCAUACAUACAACAUGUCCACGUUUCAUACAAGCGAGGCCUACUGAGUCAUGCUAGUACUAGCUAUCUCCGAACUAUAAUCCGCGUCGGCAUUCCGAGCAUGGCCAUCCCACGAUCCGAGCGAACGACCCGCGACGAGGGUAUUCUUAAACUUCUGCUUUAUCUCCUCCGGAAUAUUGCUUUGAUAACCCCCAAUACUCGUCUCGCGGCGGAAGGCGAUGAGGAGGAAACCUCAAGAUCCGCAACCAUCAACGCCUUCCAAGAUCAAGAUGUCUUCGCCCUCCUUCUGACCAUGUGCUCCAACGUUGGCGACGACUUUACCAUGCAAGAUGUUGCUCUUCUCGAGAUACUGUUCCAUCUGAUACGGGGUGUUAGUGUGGAGAAGCUAUUCAUGGAUGAUGCGCAACGAACAGCCAAACGGACGGACGAGCUAGACGAUCUGCUACGCCAGGAGUCGUCUUUACGAAGAGAGUACGCGAAGAACGCACCAACUCGGCAUGGACGCUUUGGGACUAUGAUCUGGGUCAAGCGUGAUGACGCCAAGUAUUCCACCGUCUCAGGGCAGAAUGUGCUCAAAGACGGCCAGGCGACCCUGCAAAAGAUGGACGAGACCAAGAAGUGGAACAAGCCACUAAUUCGGCGAAAGCCACAAGAUUUGACUGUGCACAAUGACUUCAGCACUCCGGUCCAUCUAAACUCGACUGCCUCCAAUAACUUACGGAUGUUCGUGGAAGAGUUUUUGGACUCAGGCUUCAACCCCCUUCUUACCCAUGUACGGAAGGCAAUCGAACGUGAAGCAGACCGCGUCAUGGACAUAAACACGCGCCAGUUUCUUUACACUACUGCUUGGUUUCUCGAAGCGGAGCGCGCACGUCGGGCACGCCAACGCAAGAAGCAUGCGGAGAGCGAGAAGCCGGCAAAGGAGCUGGAGCCCGAUAGCUUUGGCCUCGUUGCGGGUGUCCUGAAUCAAGAAACCUUCGUUUUUCUAAAUCGCGCUAUGCAGUAUGCGCUGGAUAAUAAAGAUUGGGAGGAUCUCAAUGCUGGAAUGCGCUGCUUCACCCAGAUCUUGUUGACCGUGCAGGACAUGGCCCAGUCUCCGCUCGAAGAGGACCAAGAGAUCGCUGAAAACAUCCAAAACCGUAUAUUUUACGAAGAAACUACCCAUGACCGGGUCCUCGCUGUCAUUCGUGGAUACAAGGAUCAACCGUUUGGGUAUCUGGAUGCGUGCACCGAACUCACCCACGUCUUCUUGCGAAUGUUGGAGCGUUAUUCGAAGGAGAACCUCGAUAUGCAAGUGCGAUCUCGGCGACGUGCCAGACGCAAAGCCAAGGAUGUAGAAGGUACUGGCAAUGACGAGAAUGAUGAAGAGAACGGCUCCGAAGAUGAGGACCGCUUGGAAGCAGAACGUGUGUCCAAAGAGCGCAAGUUCGAUUUCAGACGGUUUGCCGCCAAAUUCUGCAAUCAGAAAUGCGUUGACACUUUUGUUGCUUUCACCAAGCACUACAAGGAGCUGAACACUGAGCAGCUAAAACGCGCCCACCGUUACUUCUACAGAAUUGCUUUCAAGCAAGAACUGAGUGUUCUGCUCUUCCGACUCGAUAUCAUCAACCUUUUCUACCGUAUGAUUAAAGGCCCAGGCGCCUUGGAUUCGAGUAAACCGAUCUUUAAGGAGUGGGAAGAAUUCGUGCGCCAGAUUAUCCGGCGACUGACGAAGAGGCUCGACCAACGGCCUGCCCUGUUCGUGGAGCUGCUGUUCAGUAAGAUCAACGCGACUACAUUCUACCUCGAAUAUGGUCACGAGCGGCAGACAGUCACCCGUGCCAGGAAGGCUCCAGCAGAACUAGAGAUCGACCCCCGACAGGCACAUACAAUUGAAGAAAAAAUCAGCAUUAUGGUGCCAGCAUUGGUCUUAGAUGGGGAGGAAGAUCUGGUCACUUGGGUCAGCGAUGUGUUGGAGUCGGCAGUUGAAGAAAGAGAGGCUUGGGAAACCCAGGAGAAGGCCCUGCGCGAUGCGGGUGCAGAGAAUUCCAAAAUCCCAAACCCUAUGAUUUGUAGGGCCCAGGAUCUCCGGGAAAUGAAGUCAUUCAUCGACAAGUACUUCGAGAAAGCUAAGCGAGGGACACUUGGACGGGACCCCCGUGAGCUGAUCCGACGGAAAUACGGUGGUGGGAAAACGGCCUCAGACAACCAACACAACCCUGAUAUUCAGUUUGGUGAUGAUUCAGAGGGCGAGGACGAGGUACCAGAUGGGCCCUUGUUCCCGCCGAACCCUCGGGCAGCGCCGAAUCCAGCAAAUAAACCAACAAAGAAGAAGAAGCGCAAAGAACGUAACCCGGAUGAUGAGGAUGAGGAUGACUCGGUGGAUGAAGAGACCUUGGAGGAGCGUCGCCGAGCGCGUUUGGAAAAUAGUCGAGCUCGUCUCGCCAAGAUCAAGAGUGAUCUGUAUGUGCACGCGAGUGACGAAGACACCGACGAAGAAGGAGACAAGGAAUUCUUCCUCCUGGAGGAGCAGAGACGUAGAGAACAAGCCAAGCGCAUCAAGCAUGCACUACUUACCGGCAUGACCGAAGACGGAGAUGGUUCGACAAAUAAGAAAGGUCAACGCAAGCGCCAAACCACUCGAAACCGGACAGGUGAAGCCAAGAGCAAGCGGCAACGACGCGGGAAGCAGGCGGACGAAGUGGACGAAGACGACGAUGUCGUGAUGGGAAACAUGGAUGCCCCAUCGCCUAUGUCGGACAGAGAGGGCACGCCAUCCGGGGAAGAGGACGAUGGCUUCAAUUUUGAUGACGAUUUGGUAUUCAGUCGGGAUCGAGAGAAGCUGUUGGGCUCUGCUGGGAAUGAGGAGAAGGACUCGAACAGGCCCGAUAAAGCAAUGGCGCAGGACGAAGACGAUGAUGACGCACCAAUUGUAGCAGCAAAUCGCAGACGGAUGCGCGCGGGCUUCGUGGUGGACAGUGACUCGGAGUAG